UUCUGUUGCGGUUAUGAUCGUUCAAGCGUUUUGGCCGUUAGGUAAGCGUUAAGGAUGGAAUACGUCUUGGGAGAUGCUGUCUUUCCAAUUGUUUUCCCUAUGAGAAGAUUGCUAUAUCUAUGCUCGCAGUUUCUCCCUCCAAUUGUAACGCAAGGGAUCGGCAUCGCCGUGUUUUGGACGAACGUCACCUGUUUCCUUAUAGUGGAAAUUAUUCUGCACCAGUUUGUAGUGAAUGUGGUCCUCGGCAGCAUCUGGACACACAUCUCGCAUUUCCUGAACAAUUUUCUCAGCUCCACACUGUGCGAAAUACUAUGUAUACCGUUCCUGGCGAUCUAUCUUGCUGUGUACAUACCAUGGAUGUGCCUGCGAUUCACGCUCCGGGUUCUAUGCCUACCAGUGGAAAUGUUCCGGAGUCCGCUAGGGUCACGGCAAGUCUUCAACCAACGUGUGUUUGAACUCGGCGAGUUUCUACGCAGUAAGCCAAUACUAAAGUUGUGCGAGACUGUGGUACUUUUCUUCGUGGACUACACGCCGCUCAUGUUGGAGAUAGUCUUGCGUCAGUGGAUAGUCUACCUACGGAACUGGUUGAGUCCGUUUCUCUACCAAGCGCUUGGCAGCUGGUACCCAUUCGAACCGCCUCCGGAGGAUGGACAGUUUAGUGAAAACCCGUAUGACUGGAACUCUGGUCUGAGCGAGAACACGGAAAGGAUUGUGCUAGGCUAUGGAACGUGCACGUGUGGAGUAUUGAUCUCCUGCUGUGGUGGUACUGCUACCUUUCUCGGCCUGCUGGUACUGUCCUGUGGCAUAGCGCUACUCUCCAGAUCCUGGCGAUUACGCAACGUUCACGUGGAAAUUCCCUCAUCCUCGGAACCUGAAGAAUCCAGAGCGCGGCAGCAGGGUUCGAAAGUUAAUAAGCCGAAAACGCAGGCCCAAAGGAAUUGGCAACGUUCCCUCUCCACCCUGGAUCACCGCCGAAGGACGCAGUUGUCGGCCCGGGGUCGUGAUGAGUCGUCCGAGUUCAAUACUUCAGUACAAAGCAGACGGGAAAGUGUUAUGAGUGCUGAUUAUCCCAAUCUUGCUGAUGAUCAAGCUCUUGAUGACGAACAGGUCGUCGGAGAAGAUCUACGACCUGAUGAGGGGUUGCUGGAUCCUUCAGGUAUUGUUGAAGACACUGGAGAAGAAGAAACCGAAGAAUUCGACCCUGGAUCGGUUCAGGGUGUUUCGGAACGAACGGUUGGGUUUAGUGACGUUGUCGACGAACGUGACACCUUUGGACGGCGUAACACCCACUCUUUGUCAACAAAAAGAAAUCGGAAAGGCAAAUCGGUGGAUCUAGGUGAUUUGAGUACAGACGAAGAACUCGCUGCUCUGGUAUAUCGAAUGCGAGCCAAGUCGUUUCCGUGGACAUCCCAGCGUUCUUGGCCCGUCCCUGACAGCCCCUCAUGGGACGACCCUAAAGUAAUCCUACGAUCUAACGACAGGCGGUACAGUCUGGGUCCAAGGGCGGAAAGGAAAGCUAAACAGACCAAGGCAAAGUGGAGAAUGUCUGCUGAAUACGAAUGGAAAUCUGUUGACAAGUAGAGCUCGAUGGAUUUUUCAUAUGGGACAAGUACCUCGAAUGUUUGAGUCAGUUUUAACACGAUCAGCAGCUUUUGUACCAAUCAUUGCCUUGCGUAGUUCAAUGUAUAAAUGAUUGUUGCACACACACACACAUACACAUACACACACACACAAACACACACACAUACACAUACACACACACACACACAAACACACACACACAUACAUGUACCUCUACACACACCAUGCACCAAGCAGGCAUCUCUUUGGAUUACCAUUACACGUACACGUACAUGUACAUGUUCAGGUAUACUUCUUUCACUGUUGCAUUUUGAAAACUUCCAACUUCCAGUGCCCCACCGAGGGCAAUAUUCCGUUUUGUGUAAAUAAUUGCGUCUUGCGAUCGUUUUCAAAGUACACGAGUCAUACUUC